CGUGGUUUAUAUACUCGUAAAUCAUAAAAAAUGUACAAUGUUUAAGAAAACCGUAAUUUGUAUCCUUUUCAUUAUUCUUCACGUUAUUUAUUUAGGUUAUUCAAGCUCUCACAAAAAUUUUGGUUCAUUCAAUUACAACGUAUCUAAUAUCGUGAUGUGUAAGGGCCCAAAACGAUAUGACUGCUGUAACACCGCAGUGAAGAUUGAAAACGGAAAGAGAAUGUUACUAAGUGUGGACGUGAAGAGUAACGUCAUACCUAAUCGGGGUAAAAUCUCAAUAACGGUCAACGGACAGCUUCUGGUAAGAAUGCAGUUGAAGAAACCAUGCAAUAAUAUUUUCUUGAAGCCAUUGAUUCAGAAACUGCUAAAUGUAACUCAGGAGUGUGAAAUCCAACAGGGGCUCUAUAACAUGAGCUUCGACAUAGAACGACUGGCGCAGGAGUACUACGGUGGAAUGUUUUUUUACGGAAACCUGACUUUUAAAUCUUUAAUUUACAAUGACAAUUGUAAUUUUUUUUGCAUGCUUAUAGAAGCUAUUCUGUCUCCCAAGAAUAGUCCAUAGCGAUGUGUUAAAAAAUUAAUUUAAUAAAUGAAAAUAAUU